AUGUCCGACAUAUCUCAAUGGCUAGGCACCUGCACCAAGCAACACCCCAAGUGCCGUCUUGCGGACAAAACUCCGCUACCUUCACGAGUGCUUGAGAUUGAUGAGAGUCCUGACCAUUCUCUGAAGCUAAGACUAUACAGACCAGCCCCUAACGAAAUGGGACGGUAUAUUUGCCUCAGUUACUGCUGGGGGGCAGAGGGAAGUCCGGUUCAAUUAACGAAGACAACACUGUCGCCAUUCCAACAUAAUAUCAAUGGAGAGACACUUCCCCUCACUUUUCAACAUGCUAUCCAUGUCACGAGAAAAUUGGGUGUGAAGUAUUUGUGGAUCGACUCAUUAUGUAUUGUACAGGACGACAGUAACGACUGGAGCGAGCAGUGUCCACUUAUGGCAGAAAUAUAUCACAACGCCUACAUCACCCUAGCAGCCAGUGGUGCAUCCAAUCCCCGAGCGGGUCUGUACUUUACAUCCGACGAUGAAUGGGACCGUGGACGGGAAAUUCUGAGUACUAACGGCCGCCACUCAUUUCGCGCCUUUGCUCGUACCGCUGUGGCUGACAUGAACUCGACAUGGGAUCGCGAGCCCCUUUUCAAGCGAGCAUGGGCUUAUCAAGAACGCAUGCUAUCGCGGCGCAUCCUUUAUUUCACUCGACGGGAGAUAUUGUGGGAAUGUAAUGAACAGGCUGCAUGCCAAUGCCUUCACCUGCAAGAAAAAAUGAGCCUCAAAGUUACAUUCGCCAAUUCUACUGAUGUGAGGGACUUCACCUUCCGCUGGACUGAGAUUGUGGCAGAGUACAGUAGACGCGAGCUAUCCCACACAACCGAUAAACUACCCGCGUUAGCGGGAAUUGCCAAAACUAUGCACUCAUUGAGGGCCAAUGAUGCUUAUAUAGCGGGCUUGUGGCGAAACACCCUUUGCCUAGACCUAUUGUGGCACGGUAUACAAAAGUCGAAACAGGCGACUUGGCAGGCACCCUCGUGGUCUUGGGCGUCGACCAAUUGUGAAGUCACUUUCUGGAUAUAUGAACAAAACGUACAAGGAUUUUGCCCGGCGCUCUCUUAUGUAACGCACAAUUGCAUGCCACUUCAUCCGACUGAUGAGGGCUGUUUUGGUGGGCUCAGAUCAGCGUCCCUGACAGUCCAAGGAAAGCUGAUUCCGGCUAUUGGGAAAUACCCUGGGAAUUCGCUUACCAUUGGCAAAACUCAUAAGCAUGGUUCCGUGUUAAGAGAUGUUCUUUUCUGGUCAGGGUCUACAACAGAAGAAUUCCCUGUCUACAUUCUUCACGUCGGCGACAUGUGUGAUGGUGGGCAUAGGACUCAAAGCUUCUAUCUUUACCUACGGCAAGUCGAUGUGAAAUUACAAACCUAUGAGCGAGUGGGAUUGUUUUAUGAAGAUGAAAGACCCAGUAGGUACGAAAGGUUAUGGCGAACCAUCGGAACAACAAGAGUAACUCUGGUUUGA